AUGUAUGAGGAGCUACUACUCAACCAAUCCAUGGCGCAGCAGCUGAUCGACGUUCCCGUGGUAGCUGGUCAAUCGCUCACCGAAUCCAUGGCCACGGCUUUCGCUCCGGGUAGGCCGGGUGCUGUAGGAUUGUCGAAGAACAUGGUCACAGAGAACGAGCGUGCUAGACAUAAUGAGUGCCACCUCACUCUCAACGAUGCAGACAUCGAAAGUGACGAAGACCAGCUGCAAGCGGAGUUGUAG